CCUAGAAACCGCUGCUCUUCGUUUCUCUCGCUCUCUCUCUCUUAGAGUUCUUCUUCGUUUUGUUUCUCAAUGGCUUCAGCAGAGGUUGAGUUCAGGUGCUUCGUCGGCGGUCUCGCGUGGGCCACCGACGACCAGUCCCUCGAGAGGGCGUUCAGCCAGUUUGGCGACAUCCUCGACUCGAAGAUCAUCAACGAUCGCGAGACCGGGAGGUCCCGCGGCUUCGGAUUCGUCACCUUCAGCAACGAGAAGGCGAUGAGGGACGCGAUCGAGGGCAUGAACGGCCAGAACCUCGACGGCAGGAACAUCACCGUCAACGAGGCCCAGUCCCGCUCCGGCGGCGGAGGGGGCGGAGGCUUCAGCCGCGGAGGAGGCGGCGGGUACGGAGGCGGCCGCCGUGAGGGAGGCGGGGGCUACAGCCGCAGUGGUGGAGGCGGCGGCUACGGAGGCGGCGGCGGCUACGGAGGCAGCCGCGACCGCGGCGACGGCGGGUACGGUGGUGGAUCCAGGUACUCCAGGGGCGGCGGCGACUCCGGCGGCGACUGGAGGAACUGAGUCUGUCGGUGCUGCUUUGAAUUUCUCUUUCAAGUUCGCGUUUGUGAUGUGAGGGCUUUGGUGGAUCCGGUCCCGGUGUCGUCGUGGUUUAUGGUUAUGGUGAUGUUAUGGUUUCGUGUUCGGUUUCUCUGCUUUUUUGAUCGAUGUUGCGAAUAGGAAUCAAAGAAAUGAAGGAUAGAUCUUCUUCGUUCUCA